CUGGGAGUACCCCUUUACGAAUGGCCUCGUGUUCUGUAUUUCCUUCUCGUUUUCUUUUCUUCUCUUUCCCUUCUCAAAAUCUCAGACCCUCUAAAAUAGUUCACUUAUCGCGCCGCCGUUAUCUCCCCUUCCGCAGCACAGCAACCGCCGUUAAAGAAGGUCAAGUUAUCAGAAGUCCGGGCCUCAUCGCCAUAGAGUACGCUGACCUCAGCCUUCCUAACAAAGCUCCCGAGGAUCUGGGUCAGGUUCGGUUAAGGCAGCAUGUCAACCCUCUUAGCGCCUCUUUCUCGGUUCCUACUCCAGCACCAGAUUGGAGUCAGGUGUACAAGGACACAACACUACCCCUUAUGGUGGAUAUUGGAUGUGGUAGUGGUAGAUUUGUUCUCUGGCUUGGUAAGAGAAAUCAGGGCUCUACAAAUUACUUGGGACUGGAAAUAAGGGAAAAGCUGGUUAAACGUGCAGACAGUUGGCUAAAUGAUCUAGGACUAAGGAAUGUACAUUUUAUGUAUGCGAAUGCAACCAUUUCUUUCAAAGAUAUUGUAUCCACGUACCCUGGCCCAUUGAUGUUUGUUUCUAUACUGUGUCCAGAUCCACAUUUUAAGAAAAGACAUCAUAAAAGAAGGGUCCUACAGACUCCUUUAGUGGAUUCUAUUGCGAGCCGUCUAAUGCCUGGAGGACAGGUCUUUAUCCAGUCGGAUGUAUUUGAAGUGGCACUUGACAUGAGAAGCCAAUUCGAUGUCCAUUCUACGCUUUUACACAUUGACACUAUGCACUGUGACAAAGAUGGUUGGUUGUUGGAAAACCCAAUGGGAAUAAGAACAGAGAGAGAGAUUCAUGCUGUACUUGAGGGCGCAAACAUUUACAGAAGAAUGUAUAAAAAGAUGAUCUAAUGGGUCUCUUUCAUGUAAAUCAUAUUUUAAAGUAUGCUCUAAAUCGCAAUCACUCUUUCGUAAGGCAAAAAGUAAGUGAUGUGUUGUUUUCACUUAUUCGCAACACAUUCUGUAACGACUAACCAUAAUAUAUCAUUUUUUCAUU